AUGAGCAAAAAGAAGAAUAUGGCAAUAGACUUCCAGGAUAACAUGAUUCUUCUCACAAGAAAAUAUCUUAAGCGUAAAAUAAUGUGUCCUGAGACCAAAUUUAGACAUCACGUUAAGGAACGGCUUCAUGUUCUUGAAUUACUCAAACGUACUGUGGAACUGGGUGAAAGUAACUCAGCGCUGCUGAUUGGACCACGAGGGAGUGGCAAAACAACGUUGGUGAAUAGCGUGUUGAAGGAGCUCUCAGCAUCAAAGAAUUUCAAAGAUAAUGCAUUAAUAGUAAAUCUUCACGGUCUAGUGCACACAGAUGAUCGUUUGGCUCUGAAAGAUGCGACAAGGCAAAUGCAAUUGGAGAAUGUAGUUGGUGAAAAAGUAUUUGGUACAUUCGCUGAGAAUUUGUCGUUUUUGCUUGAAUGCUUGAAAUCAGGUGACAAAAAACGAUCCAAACCUUGUAUAUUUAUACUCGACGAGUUUGAUCUCUUUUGUUCACAUCAGAAUCAAACGUUGCUUUACAAUUUGUUCGACGUGGCACAAUCGGCACAAGCACCGAUUUGCGUUCUCGGCAUAACUUGUCGGUUGGACGUGAUCGAAUUGUUGGAGAAACGAGUCAAAUCGCGUUUCUCUCAUCGUCAAAUUUUUUUAUUCCCCGGUGACAAGACAGCGAGCGAAGAACAGCCCACUACUGCUUUUGAUGACAGACUUGAAUUGUUUCGUCAUUUGUUGUGUAUACCUGACGACGAAAACGUCAACAGGAUCGAACAGCAGUACGAUGAUUUCACUAUCGAUCCACAAUUUGGUACAAGGUGGAACGAAUAUAUCGAUAGCCUUGUCGGUAAUGUCACUAUGAUAAAUUUACUCAAAAAAAUGUAUCAGCUCGAUGUGAGCGAACGAAGCUUCAGAAAUUUCCUCGCUGUUGCUGUUUCCACACUCGAUGAAAAACAUCAGAAACUCGAGGUCAAUGAUUUUGUUGAAGCCAGCAAAAUUUUCACACCCGAUGACAAAGUUCUCAUGCUCGAAGGUCUCUCUGUUCUUGAACUCAGUUUGAUAAUUGCCAUGAAACACGAGACCGAGAUUUUCGACGGGGAGCCUCUUAACUUUGAAACGGUUCUCAAUCGUUACAUCAAAUUUGCCAACCAAACAUCCGCUGUGCAAACGGUUCAAAGGCCCGUAAUAAUGAAAGCCUUCGAGCAUAUUAAGAAUCUGGAGCUGAUGUCACCGGUUGGCGGUACAAAUGCACGAACGGAGAAAGAGUAUCAAUACUAUAAGUUCCUGUUGACGCCGCAGCAGGUACUCGAGGCGGUUAAGAAUUAUCCAGGAUUGCCAACGGAAGUGGCACAAUGGGCAACGAAUAGCUUGCAAUAAAUCGAGACAGCUCUUUCACCCUCUUUCUCCCUUUUAACUUGAGUGUAAUGUUUAUAGCGGAAUUUCAACUCUACGAAGUUCGAAUUGACCGGUGAGAAAAAAAUAGUCACUCUGUAGUACACACUUGGAUUAUUAUUGCAACUUUUAUGUAAGCUUUACAUAAACUCGUAACUUGACAUGAACUCGUAACUUCGACAUGAAAAUUGUGAAAAUUAUCCAAGUUGUGGCUGCUGGAAUUCCGGAAAUAUCCACGGAAUGAUAGUGAUUCCAUAAACGUGGUGAACGUUGUGUAAGAAACGAACGUGUGCCAUUGACUGUCAAAUUUUUCUGUAUAAAGAGAAAGGGAGAGAGAGAGAGCGGGAGGAAUCGAAAAAAGAUCAGGAAGUUUUCCACGUACGUUCUCAGUCAACAACCAUAUUAGGUCAGAAUUCCAGCCCUUGGUCAUUCAAGAACCAGAAAAAACAUUUCUCAUCAGUUAAGAAAAAUGUAGUUAUUCCAAAUCUGUCUUCGCUUCAUCGCAAUGGAGAUCAAUUUAAAAGAAAACUUGGAAAAUAACUAAAAGUUUUUCCCUAAUUUUGUUGAACAGCCAAGCUUCGAAAUUCUAACCUAGUGAAAUUGCUGUUUGUAAACGUAUUCGGAAAACAUCCUGAACCGAAAUGAGCGCUGUUUCACCUUAGUCAGCCAAACACUUUGAAAACGUCCGAUUAAAAACUGAAUUUUUAGAGAAAGAGAGAGAGAAAGAAAAAACGGAAAGAAAACAAAAAAUGAAACGUCAUGCAACGAAUGAUUUAGAAGAAAUUCUUAGUUGCGAUUCUCUAGUUUACGUUCUCCUAUUUUUCUGUCAAAUACUAGUACGACUAUUUCUCGAGUCGAGCGAUGCUUCCCUCGUCAGCGAUCUUUAUCGCUAGCGAAUGUAUAGUCGACUCUGUUGCAACAUAUGUAUGUAUACAAAAUUUUUAGAUUUUCGAGAUGAUAAAGGAUUAAGAAAAAAAAAAAAUAAAAACAAUGAAUAUCGAUGUUUGGUCGAUAUCAUUGGGAAAUUUGUGUGUUCAUCUCCUGUGUAAUAUUUAGUCACAAAUGAGUAGAAAAUGCGUUGAAUCGUCAAGUGAAGAGUGAUUCGCGUGACCUUUAAUCCAAUUUCACUAGCGAAAUAUAUCUUCCGGUCAUCUCUUGGUUACCUUUCAUUUUAUUUCUUUUCUUUUUCGGUUUUCCUUGUGUUUGGCCGUUAGACAAGUGUUGUGUAUAACUGAAUUAACUUGCAUUUACGUAGUUUAGGUGACGAUUGUUCCGAUCACAUAUCGAUAGUAAACAGUGGCAUUUUGAUGAUAUUUCAUGUGUAUGGGGCAUUCCUCGGCCUCUUCGAUUUUUCCUUAAAAAAAAAAAAGCUUCUUUUUGCCGAGAAGGAAGCCCACUUCAGCUCAGUGCUCAAAAUUUCUCUUGUGAAAGACUUUGUGAAUCUUGGGCUCCUUAACUUUGGCUCAAACACUUUUCUUUCGAAAAAUCGUCAUCUCGAAUCGGUCCAAAGAAGUCUGGAAAUAAUUUCUGAGUCCUUUUCACAUGUACUACUCAAAAUGACUAGUCGAAUCGGUGCGUGGAAUGCCCAAUAUAUUUAUCGAUUAUCUAUAUAAAUCGUCAAUAAUGUAUGUCUGAAUAGUUCGUAUUUUUAUUAUAAAUAUUUAUUUGUUUAUUUAUAUAACCACGCCAAUUUUCAUUAUAACUUAAUUUAUCGAAUAGUCAUAGUAGUUGGAGUCAAUUAAAUUUCUUCGAUGAACGUUUUUAUUGGAGAUAAUUGAGUAACUAAAAUCUCUAGCGUCUGAUAUUGUUUGAAUGAAUAUUUUUCGAGUAAAACAGCGAAGCUGAGAGAAAAUUGUUUUUUUUUCUGCUCAAUUAUAGAAGAUAAAAUCAGUAAGAAAAUGAGAUUUUCGCGACUGUACGAAAUAUAUUAAACUCAAUCGCUCAUUUAGUUCCUUUUGACUCGAAAUUCAAGAAAAUUGUGUGAUUCAUUUGUAUUGAGAAGUUUCUAAUGAAAAAUUUUUCGAAAUACUCGUCUCAAAAAUAUGGAAACUGCGCACUCGGAGUUUUUGUCGAAUGGCAAGUGAAUUUGAGAGAAAAGCACUGUCAGGGCAUUUUUUGUAGUUCGUUUAUUUGAGCGCAAAACGAAUACCGGAAACGAGACUGAAUACAGUGAAUCUUUGAACAAUAAAAUUCAAAAUUUUGUGCUAAUGCAUUAUCAGACCGGGUUAUAAUGACAAAAAUGGGGGAAUAGACUCGAUGUUACGUCCGAUUGAAAAUUCGUCCUCAUAAAUGAUAAUAAUAAUGCUAAAAAUGAUGGCUAUGAAGACUUUGGUAUAUUCGUAAUCUAUGAAUGUCAUUAUUAUGAAUUUUUAUAGAAAUUUUGUGAACUUCGAACCCGCUGCGGUUCAAGGAGAACAGAGAACGAGAGAGUGAGAGAGAGAGAGAGAGAGAGAACAAGAGAGAGAAUUUCCCACUGAAUAUUGAAGCUCGCACGAUUUGAAGACUUUAUUCGUAAUAAUCAAUUGGGUAACCAUAAUGAGCUAUUUAUUGUAAUGAUUUUUUUGAAUAUUAUUAUUAUUGUGGUUAUUAUUCAGAGACGAUAACGUGAACGACAGAGAAUUUUGUCGAUAAUUGUGGAUGAAAGAAGGGGAAAAUACUGGGAUAUAAGCCAUCGAGAAAAGAGAAUACGAAAAUGGGAAUAAAAAUCGUGAAAAUGAGAAUGAAAAUACCAAUUUCUAGCGAAUAUGUUUACACAUUUUUAAAUAAAUGUUUCCAUCGAAUGCGUCUCUCCGAAUGAUUGAGCGGGGUGUCUGUCACAAGUAAAUAAAGGUGAACGAACAUUUUUUUUUUUUAAA